GAGAGGACUGGUGUCCAGAGCCCAGGCUACUGCCCCCUGAACACAGCGCCCAGCCAGCAGAGUGUGACCGGCUGGUGGCCGAGCGCUUGGCUGGAUGCCCCCAGCCGUGCCUGAGGCCGGAGACGCUGUGUGCCCACCGGGACGGCUGAGCCAUGACAAAGAGGACCCCGUUAACAAGCUCUCACAGGUGGAGCCAGGCCUGAGUGUGACGUAUACUAUUGAUGGUGUAACCACAACCUCAUCGUCCGCUGAUACCGAGCCCCUCACGACCCCUGGCCAGGGCAAGGCGGAGCCUGUGUCUGUUAGCCCCACCCCAGGGGUGAAGGAGGAGGAGCCUGUGGAUGAUAGCCCCACCCCAGGGGUGAAGGAGGAGGAGCCUGUGGAUGAUAGCCCUGCCCCAGGGGUAAAGGGGGAGGAGCCUGUGGAUGAUAGCCCUGCCCCAGGGGUGAAGGGGGAGGAGCCUGUGGAUGAUAGCCCUGCCCCAGGGGUGAAGGAGGAGGAGCCUGUGGAUGUUAGCCCCGCCCCAGGGGUGAAGGAGGAGGAGGAGCCUGUGUCUGUGAACCCCGCACCAAAGGAGGAGGAGCCUGUACCUGUGAGCUCCGCCUCAGGGACAAAGGGGGAGGAGCCUGUGGAUGUUAGCCCCGCCCUGGGAGUGAAGGAGGAGGAGGAGCCUGUGAGCCCCGCCCUGGGGGUGAAGGGGAAGAAGGAUGUGCCGAGGUCUCGGAGUGUGGAGGAGCCGGGGACACAGGCUGCCGGUGACGGUGAUGGGGCUGCUCUAGUCUGCGAGGCGGAGGAGGAGAAGGACAGAGUGUCGGACGUGCCCGUCCGCUCCCCUGCCUUCCGGCCUUCCAUCCGGUCACUCUCACCGUUCAGGAGGCACAGCUGGGGGCCCGGCAAGAACUCCGGCAGCGAGGCCGAGAUGAAUCACCGCAGUUCAGGGAGGUUACUUGGUGACGUAAAGAAGCCACCAAUACAUAGGAGAAGCCUGAGUUGGUGUCCCUCUGGGGAGCAGCAGUCGGCCACAGAGGCUGAGUUUAGUUACAGAAGUUACAGCCUGGAAGGUCUGGUACGUGAGAACGUGGUGACGAAGGAGCAGAUGCAGCCCACGGAGAUGAUAUUCCAGCCGAGCCGAGACCCUCGCCGAGUUCCCCUGGUGAGCACGGAUGGGGGGUCCCUGGUCUCGCUGACCGAGGAGGAGAUGGAGUCGGACCAGAUCGACAGUAGCGUGUUCCACGACCUGAAAUCACCGCGAGCAGCACAGAAACGCUCCAACCCCCCGCUGACCAAGUCAAUUUCACUGCUCGCUAUCAGCCCAUCGAGCAUAGAUGGUACACGGUGGUCAAGCAGCAGCAGUGCACUCGGACACAGUAUAUCUGAGGAGUGCUGCAGUGAAGCGCAGUUGAGUCCCACUCGGAAGGAUCUGGAAGGCAGAGGAGGGACGAAGGUCAGCCGCACCUUCAGUUACCUCAGGAACAAAAUGUCCAGCGGCAAACAGAAACACAAAGAGAAGGAGAGAGUGAAAGAGAAAGAGGCGAAAGAAAAGGACAAGAAGGUGUUGAUACAUCACGCGUUUUGUGCCAUCUUGGUCUACGGUUCACAGCAGUGUCACCAGUGCAAUAAAGUGAUCUCCAGCAGAGAGGCCUAUCUCUGUACCAACUGUAAUGUACAGGUUCACAAGAGCUGCCGGGACAGUGCGGCUCCCUGCAGCAAGAUCAAACAGAGGCCGCAGAAAAACCUUCAAGCAAACGAUAUCUCCACAUUGCCCGUCAUCAUGAGAACCAAGACUUUCCAACCCAAAGAGCGGCCGCGCUCGGCGAUAAUCCUGCAGGACGACAGCUCGUUGCCGGCCCCCAGCCGCAAGCUGCCGACGUACCGAUCGAUGUCCAAGAGUAUGUCCAUAGCCAACAUCGCAGGACCGGCGGCGGAGGAGAUACCAUUUGCCGAAUGGAGAGCUUUCUCUCAGUCAACAGAAUCCCUGACCCACCACACAAAGCAAGCCACGGAAUCAACUGAGUCCCUCACGGAUGAAGGUACAGAUGUGAUGGACGGGCAGCUCAUGGGAGAGUUCGAGCCGGACGCCAAAGAGAUGGAGGCCGACUCCUGGAGUUUGGUGGUCGAGAGCAAGUUUGUUCAUCAGCACAAAAAGGAAGUCAUCAAGCGGCAGGACGUCAUUUACGAGCUGAUGCAGACGGAGAUGCACCACUUGCGGACACUGAAGAUCAUGUGUGACGUGUACGUGAAGGGGCUGAGCACUGAGCUGCAGUUGGACGCCCCCACCCUGGAGAGGCUGUUCCCCUGCCUGGAGGAUCUCAUCGACAUCCACAGCCACUUCUUCUACCGCAUCCUGGAGAGGAGGAGAGACAGCCUGGCUGCCCCCAGUACCCGCAACUUCCUCAUCGACAGGAUCGGAGACAUCCUCCUCGCUCAGUUCUCUGGUCCCAGCGCCGAGCGGAUGAAGAAAACUUACGGCAAGUUCUGCGGCCGACACAAUGAGGCCGUCAACCUGUACAAGGACCUGCUGAACCGAGACAAGCGCUUCCAGACCUUCAUCAGGAAGAAGAUGAGCAGCGCAGUGGUCAGGCGGCUGGGCAUCCAGGAGUGUAUCCUGUUGGUCACACAGCGCAUCACCAAGUACCCCGUCAUCGUGCAGAGAAUAUUGCAGCACACCAGAGAGAGCGAGGAGGAUCACCCAGACUUGACCCGAGCCCUGACCUUGAUCAAGGAGGUGAUCGCUGCUGUGGACAACAAGGUCAGCGAGUAUGAGAAGAAGUCCAGGCUGAACGAGAUAUACAGCCGGACGGAGACCAAAGCCAUCAUGAGGAUGAAGAGUGGCCAGAUGUUUGCCAAAGAGGACAUCAAACGCAGGAAGCUGGUGCAUGACGGCCCAGUUACACUCAAAGCUGCAACGGGAAGGUUAAAAGAGGUCCAGGCUGUGCUGCUGUCUGAUGUUCUACUGUUUCUUCAGGAAAAAGAUCAGAAAUACACCUUCGCUUCACUGGACCAGAAGGCCACGGUGGUGCCUCUGCAGAAGCUGCUGGUGCGGGAGGUGGCUCACGAGGGGAAGGGGCUGUUUCUGAUCAGCGCCGCCACCAAGGAGCCCGAGAUGUACGAGCUCCACGCCAGCUCCAAGGAGGAGAGAACCACCUGGAUACACAUCAUCCAGCAGACAGCCAGCAACAUGGGCCAGGACGAGGACGAAGGCAUCCCCAGCGAGUCUGAGGAAGACAAAAGGCAACUGGAGACCAAAGCCCGAGAGCUGAGAGAGAAGCUGCAGGAGCGGGAUCAGCAGAUCGUGUCGCUGCUGGAGGAGAAGCUGAGGAUUUUUGGGGAGAUAUUAGAUAGCAGCGGGCACGAGGAGGCCACUCGUGUCCUCAACAACAACAGCGUCUACUUCAGGGCUAACCCUGAGGCCGUGCCCAGGGGAGAUGCACUAAUGAGCGACGCUCUCAAAGAAGUGGAGACGCUACAGAACCUGCUAUCCAUGGGCUUUGCCGGAGCGAUCAGCCAGCCGCUGGCGGAGACGGAGACGGGCACUGGCCACGUGUCCCUACCCCGGCGAGCGGAGACCUUCGGGGGGUUCGACAGCCACCAGAUGAGUGCGGCCAAGAAUGGAGAGAAGGAGGAAGUGGAGGAUGGGCAGGAUCUGCGCAGGACAGAGUCGGACAGUGUCUUAAAGAAGGGAGGGAACACGACUGUAUUACUGCCGCUCCGGAAAAACGAGUUGGUGCUACACAAGGUGCUGAGUCUGAAUCAGCUGCUGCACAGAUUACAGGCUGUGGUUGUGCAGCAAGACACGUAUAUUGAGGACCAGCGCCAGGCUGUGAGCGAGCGGGCUGAACGUGGUGCCCGGCUCCCAGGCCGGCCCAGUUCUCUGGUGGAGCAGGAGAAACAGCGGAGCCUGGAGAAGCAGCGUCAGGAGCAGGCCAGCCUACGCAGACAGCAGACACAGCACCAGGAGGAGCGGCGACGCUGGGAGAGGGAGUGGGACGUGCGGCAGCAGGAGCUGGCCGACAGGGAGACCGUCGUGGCCGGCAGGGAGAGUGAGGCGACUCGACUACACAGGGAGGCUGAGCGGGAGAAGACCGAGCUCCAGCUGAGGAAGGAGGAGUAUCAGCAGGACCUGGAGAGGCUCAGGGCCGCACAGAGGCAGUUGGAGAGGGAGAGAGAGCAGCUCAGGAGGGAGCAAGAGCAAGCGAGGGAGCAGAGGCCCGGCAGCCUGUCACACACCGACUCCAUCACGUCACAGGCCUCAGACCUGCAGAGUGACAGCUCAGGAGAAUCUCCCACACAGGGCAACGCGUGUCCAGUGACGUUUCCCUCAGCUUCCCCCCUCCCUGCCGGCGUUCCCAAAGCCAAGGGGUCGGAGCCGCCGCUCGCACAGAAGGAGAUGGACACGGCACAGGGCAAAGGGAAGAGCGGCUGCCAGAGCCCGGCAAACCCCAUCCCCCCGCGGUUACUCAAACUGGCCAAGUCUAAGAAAUCCAAACACCGGAAAGGCAAAGGGCAUCGCCCCGGGAACUCACCCUCCGAGCUGAAUCCAGAGGCCCCCGGCAGCCAACACUCACCAGUGACACCGGACGGCACGGCACUGAUCAAAGGACCGAAUUCAUCAGCUUCACCGGCCACCGAUUCACUGAGCAGCGAAGAGGUUUUCUACUGCUGAGCAGCAACGUGUCAGACUGUGUCGGACUGUCAGACUCCAGCACAAACUGGGGAGCAGAGGGGAAGUCCUUGAAAGAGGGGUUGUGUAGGUAGCGACCAGUGACCGUUUGUCUCUGGGUGGGUGGGGGGGAAAGAAACGAGGGGGUCAGGGCACCCACACUGAGCGCUGUGUGUCCUCACCGCGCUCUCUCUCUCUUUCACACUAAUAUUGAGAAAUUGGAAUCAAGGAACCUGUGUGAAUUGAGUGGACGCAGUGAGCAAUCAGCUUCGGAGAGCGAGGGAUUGGAAACCCAGCUGUCAGACGGAUGAAAGUCCUGGUUUGAGUGUCUCUGGGUCAGCAGAGAGCUCUCUGAGAGGACGUUUUGGUUGAAAGGCUGAUGGGUUUGAUGGGAUUGGGGUGGAUUGGACAUUGUUUGGUGUAAAGUCAGGUCGGCUCGCGACACAAACUGAGCGGCCAACGUAUUUUGUUAUUGGGCAGUGUGUGCGUGCGUGUCACGGCUGCAAACCGGUCACUCCCUCCCCGCGACACGAUAAUUAACCCCUUCACGACUCUCUAGCGACUUGGAUCGCCAAACCCAACCUGAAGGGUUGCAUGUCUGUGAUGAUGGCGGGGGCGAGGAUUCCUGGCUUCAGCAGGUCGUGUUUGGCGAUGAAUUGUGAACAGAAUCCCGCUCGCGAUCUGAGGUGUAAAUAGAAUGAAUUGAAUGUUAAUAAUAAAUGUGGGGAGGGGGGUGUAUCUCAUUCCCUGGGGGGGUGGGGAGUGGGGGGGAGAAGGAGAGGGAGGCAGGGAGGGUCACCUGCUUUGGGAAUAGGAGGCAUUUUGUCCUUUUAACAACUUACAUUCAAACGUUAAAAGGUUUUGAAGGAUCCACGGAUCCAGGCACGACUGGUCUGAACCCGGUGAGGAUUUUUAUUGGUUGUGAAUUGGGAACAAUAUUUUUAAAAAUCUUAAAUAAGAAAAAAAUCAUCUCAUUUGUAAUAUCAGGCGGAGGGGGUGGAUAUAUGUCUAUUACCCCAAUGCCACCCCUCCACCCCCCUGCCCCAUCCCACAGGCCAGUUCAGCCGGUGCCCCUCACCAGUGAGCAGGUCAGUCACGGUGACGGACGGAUGAACAGGAACCGCGCAAACUGGGGGAGCCAUCAGCACAAGCCUCGGAGCUCACUCCCCACCCCCACUCGCCCUCCCUAUCACUUCACU